UUGGGGUUCACUGGCUGAGGACUUGUAUAAAGAGACUACAGCAGGGUUUGCUAUCCAACAUUUCACAUCUGACAAUGACGACUGAGAGCAUUGUGUUCUACGAAGACAGGAACUUCCAGGGAAGAUCCUAUGAGUGUAAGGGAGACACAAGUGACCUUCAUUCUUUUAGCCGCUGCAAUUCUGCAAAGGUGAAGGGGGGCUUUUGGGUCCUGUAUGAGCGGCCAAACUACAUGGGCUAUCAGUAUAUCCUGGUCCCAGGGGAGUAUCCAGAUUAUCACCAUUGGAUUGGCUUCAAUGAUUGUGUCCGUUCUUGCCGUCUACUCAGGCAUGUUACUGGACAUCUCAAGGUGAAGCUCUUUGAGAGGCCCAAUUUCGAUGGCCAAACAUGGGAAGUUACAGAAAGCACCCCGUCCAUUCAGGAACGUUUCCUCUGCAGAGAGAUCAAUUCCUGCAAGGUCCAGGAAGGUCCCUGCGUGUUCUUCGAGCAUGCAAACUACCGUGGCCGCCAGUACCUCCUUGAGAAGGGAGACUACAGGCGCCACACUGAAUGGGGGGCCAUGCAUCCCACUGUGGGCUCUAUUCGUCAUAUCGCCACAGACUGUUAAAUUAAAAAAACAAACUGAAAAACACUGAAAAAUAAAAAUAUUUGAAGAGG